CAGGUAAUGACGCAUAAGAAGGGGCCACCCAUUUAAAUGACAUUUAUUUAGAUUAUUGUUUAAAGAGAGCUACGUCAGUAAGUUAAUUAGCUUGUAGUUAUAGUUAGUGGCAAAAUAAAUUCAGGGGGUUCAUUUGAAUAUAAUGAUGUCAUUGAUAUACACGAAUGACGGUUUAAACUGUUCAAUUGUGUGAAAUUAAGAAGGAUAAUGAUCAUGAAUCAUAGUCAUUUAAGUCAUAGUAGUACUCAUAGUCAUAGUCUAUGUCUCUAUAUCUAUAGUCAUAGUCAUAAUAAAAGUAAUGAUAAACAUAUAGGGCCUAAGCCUAAUAGCAUUAAUAAUUAAUUGGAUUAAUUUAAAUUUAACAAUGGUCAGUUUAAUGCAGAGUGGCACUUUUGAGUGUAAUCAGUGGCUAGUUAUGAAGGUUGAUAACCUCGGGGAUAUGGAAAUAUUACAAUCAAUAAGUCAAUGGAACUCAAUUAAUGUUAAAUUAAGUAAAUACACAUCAUUUCAUUAUAAUUAUAAUAAAUUUUAUAUAUCAUUAUUAUAAAAUUAUAUAUUAAAUUAUAUGUAUAAUUAUUAAUAUUAAUUUAAAAGAUGCCUUUUACAGGGUCAGUAGCCAUUAAAAAGGGAGCAUGGCUAUAAGUAUAUAUUAUAUAUUCUAUUAUUUAUAUUAAUUAUUAUAUAUUUAUACUGAAACAGACAAGAAUGAAUGAUUUGAAAAUGUGUACUUAUAUAAUAUGGUAUAGUGCUAACAGUUUCAUUUCAACGAGAAAGUUUUAAUGUUGUUUGCCUUGAAUUUGUUAAAUAAACUAAGAGCACCAAGAGGCUCCGUCAAUCCUCAUUGGCAGCCAGAAGUCUGAUAUGUUUCUCAACAUUUACCACCCAGCAUUGAUAGGACUACAUCAAGAUAGCAAAAGAUAUUGGGUUAUUUGGGAUGUUAAUACUUCAGUCAGCAGUAUUUGGAACCUUGUCCUGACAUUUUAUUUUAUUCUUCUAUAUAGUAAGGGCCCACGAUCAAUGUAUUGAUCAUUCUGGCUCUUAUUUAUACUUGUCCUGUAAAAAUGGUAGGUUGGAUAUAAAUGUUCAUACAAGGUACUUAUCUUUCACAAAUUUUUUUUAAACAUUUGAAUGGUUUUUAAAAAAUUAAAUCACUUUUUUUUUCUCCUUCAAUUUAGGAAUAAACAAAAUUUGAUCAUCUUAAAUCCACCAUGGGAAACAAUAAUGGCCAUUCUCAUCCGAAAGUUAUAACAACGGCUCAACCAGAACCACCCUAUACAGGACCACAAGCUCAAUACCAGUUUGUAAAUGUUGAAGUCAGAAUGGCUGUAUAUGGAGCAUUUAAUUUUCUUUCAAACCAAAUGUUGACCAGCAAUGUUGAUACCUAUUACCCUUUACUUGCACAGCAGUAUGAGCAGGGAUUUAGACUGCUCACUUUUUAUCACAUCCCUAUGCAGGUAAUUAAUCAAAUGUAGUAAUAAGGUAUAUGUAACGUCUGGGUAAUUGGACGUUAUUUGAAGAAUCUGGAACGGUACGAGACUUAUAAUGGAAGAACAAAAAAAGCAUGCCGAUCGUGCGACCACGGCUGUAUGGAUAGAGCAGCAGAUAUUCCAUAAUUAUUAUUGCAUAAAGGCAUAUUGGCUAUUAGACUUAUUGAGAUAAUUCUUGUGUAUAGAAUGCGCCAGCAUUAUAUGUUAUAUUGUUUGAUAUUGUAGAUAUACUGUGAUUACAUAACAAAAAUGUAGCGUGCAACAACAGGACUUGGAAUUUCCAUUAUGGAGGGAGGUAAGAAUUAUGUGUGUGAUGAGUGAUGGAGGGAGCCUCAAAACAAAAUUUUGAUGAGUAAUUGCAUUGUUAUCAAAAGACAUCACAAUAAACACUUGUCCACAAUAAUAAGACAAUGCGUUACAAUGUGUUCACAAUGAGAACACAACACAUUACAGUAUUCUUUAAAUAUUAAUUUGCAUCAGUCCUUUGUUUUAUGUUAUCAGUAGAAAAUCUGUUGUGCUUAUGUCCUCAUUAGAAAAAUACAUAAAUAAUACACAAUGCAAUGUAAUAGAAUGCAACCUAAAAAUUUGUCAGAACUAUUUAUCUAGUUCUAGUAGUUCAUAAAACCCUUGAUAAAGAUUACCUCAGAUACCCAGUACUAAUUUAAAUACCGGGUUAAGGUUGUGCACAGCAGAUUACAAGAUUUUUACAAACAAGCUUAUUUUUUCAACUGAUUAUAAAAGCUUAAAAUAUCACCAGAACUAACCAGGUGUGUUCAAUCUUUGUUUACAAAAAUGGGAAGUGUUGACCAACUACGAAGCUUAAAUUUUGUAAUAUUUGAAAUGAAGUUUGUUUCAUUGUAGGACCGAUGAUCCAACGGACUUGACAUCCCUGCCUUAAUAAUCAUAUAAGUUAUUUCUUAAUGAUUAUGUCAUCACAGAUGUUAUUCUGCAGGUACAGAAGAUAGCAACAUGGUAACAUGGUUGUAAACAUGAACUUUAUCUCACUUGCAAGUUUUUAAAAAUGAUUUAAAUAAUCUCAAUGAUAAAAUGUCUGAAAUUUAGAUUUAAGGCAUUACUCUAAUUAGAAUACAGCCAACUAUUUUGGUUGAAUAUUCAAAGUCCAUUGCAGGCACCAAUCACUACAAAAUCCAACAUGUUGUGCAUCCUCAUUAAAUAUUCAUUUAUGACAUAUAUACAUGUCAUUUAAAUUAAAACAAGAAAUUCUAAUAAUUUUGAUGGCAAAGAGAGUUAGCCAGGUGGACAGAUCAGUAAAACAUUUAGUAAUGUUUUAGCAGGGUAGAUAGAAAAUCAGGUAGCUUGCCUUAUCUAUAUAUAUAUAAUAAAAGAUCAAACACCACCACGCAGGCUAUAUAUAGAUACGCCAGAGUGUGGUUAAAUAAUGAGUUCACUAGAAAGUGAGGCAUUCAUUUGAACAAAGUUGCAAUUAAGGUGCCUUGACAAGUUUUGUCACUGAAAACAGACAUUGCUACGUUUAGUUCUAUACAUUAAAGAAAACAAAUGUCAACGACGCAGAGAAAGACAACUUGAAAUAUAAAUUUAAUUUGCUUCUUUUUUCAGGCCAGGAGAGAAGGUGCAUUUUCAAUGGGUGUCCUGAUGCCCUUUCAGGGUAUCUUUUGUAAAUAUCCUGAUACUGCACAGCGAGGAAGAUUUCAAUUGCGUAUUGAAAAAUCUGUUAUUCAGCCUCGGAUUAUUUGGAAUGGUUUAAUCACCUAUGGUAAUGAAACUGUCACGGACACCACUCAUUUGAAUCAAACUAUUGCCAACAUGGCUCAAAGUGGUGCUCGUUUGAUUUGCAUUGAACUUACUGGGCAGGAAGAAGUUAAAGCUUCUUUUAGCUUCACACCAAAACUGCCAGGUGGGAUUUUUUGUUGUUGUAUUUUUAUUGUUUUCUUUUCUGAGUCACUAAACAAGGUUUUAAAUGAAAAGUCACAUAAUGGUAAAGUUGUUUUAAGCUUGUUGUCCAAUAGAAAUUUUACUAAGCCACUUAUCUCUGUUGUAAUUUAAUCAUGUGUAAGCACAUAGACAAAAUUUAGAAUGUGAAAUUUUGCUAAUAUUUUAUAUGCUUUCUCACAGUGUAUGGAGUAGACCUGUUCUUCGAAGUGCCCUUGGAUGCUGAGAGUGAGACUUAUGUUUACAAUGUUGUAUCCGUACCUGUAAUUACAAAAUAUGGUUUUGCAUCAGAUCCAAGAGUUUUCUGCGAUUGGAUAGGGAUAUUCAGUCAACACCUCAACAGAGGAUUUAAGCUCAUUGAAAUUUUUGUUGACGCAUCAAAAAUUAAAGAGGUUGGUAUAGUUCAAUUUAAAUUCAUUAGGGGUUUGUAUUUGUAAGUAUAAUGCCAUCCUAGUUUAUUUAAUUAAAAUUCAGUUAAUUAAUAGAGUGAGAGAUAUUUACUUCAUUUCAGAUCAUAUACUCCUUACUUAUGUGCGUUCUGCACCAAACACAUCUGCUCUGCAGUAUUUCCUCCACAAAAAUAGUUUGUCACAAUCAAAAGUGUGUAUGCAGAGCCAAAUGAAACUGAUGAAAUAAAUCUCUCUUGUUAGACUAGGCAUCUUGAUCAGGGUAUUUCUUGAUGCUAUCUUUUGUGGUAAAAAACAACUCAUAGUGUAGUGUUAAGGUAGUAAUUUAUUUUAUCCACGUUGGUAUAAUUUUCUUGUAUAUUUAAACCUUUAUAUAUACCUCGUAGGUAUUCAAGAAUGAAGUGCGCUCAAACUGCCUGUGGUUUUUUGAGAAACCCAAUUCAAAAAUCAACGACGAAACUCCAGUUUACCAGGGAACAAUAGUAGAGCAUUAUAUAAAAGUAACGCCCUCUGGAUUUUCUGACACUAGAGUAUCAACUAAGUGGGAGCCAGUAAUGCAGGUCGGCAUUUUGUCAUUCACAUUUUUUUUAUGUAUUUUUUUAUUUUAACCAAAAAACAUUAAUUGCAUUGUUAACAUUGAUCAAUUUUUUUAAAUUUUGAAAUGUCAUUAGAAAACUCACAUGAUUUUUUUGAUUUUUUAAGUUUGAGGUGCAACAAUGAGAUUAUUCAACUUAAUGUUUGCAUUGAAAGCACAGUUUUGUUUUUAAAUAAUCAUGCACAUCUCUUCAUGUCAGGACAUGGGCAACAAAGGGUGGGAGCUGGCCUGCAUAGUGGAGACUCCAGAGGUUCAUAACACGGGUCUGAUGACCUUGGAGAUGAAAAUGCUCCUGUUUUUCCAGAAGAGAAUUCUUUCCUAAAAGCAUGUUCUCAACUGAUCCACUUCCAUCAUGUGCUAAUUAUCUGUUUGCAAGAGUGUAAGAUAAAGCAAGUGUGGCGUACUCUGGGAAAGAAAGGAAGGCAUUAAUGAUUCACUAAUCCCUGAAAUAAGAAAUUAAGUGAUGUUUGAUAACUAAUAAUUUAUAACUGAUAUCUAUUCCUUUAAAUGCCACCAAUAUUACAGAAAGUGCCCAUGACAGAUGUGUAAAAAAAAAUGUUGAACUACUAGAGUGUGGCUGCAGGAAUAAUGCUCUGGGGUUGUUUUUGUUUUUUUCUUUUAUAUCCUAAUACUGAGGCUUUAAUUUAAAUUUAAAAUCUCUCCAAAUAAAUUUCUCUACAAACUAUGAUUUGAAAUCAGAGCUAGAAUGAAUAUUUUUGGGUAAACAAUUCAAUAAAUUGAACUGCUAAAUUGCAUUCCUUUCUUCCUCCUGCUAAUGACCUUCAUUAAGAUGUAUCAUUUUAUUCAAAUCUGACAGAUAAACAAAAUAUUACACCAACCAUGCGAUGGUAGUGCCUAACCUAUGUGCUAUUUUGAGAUAUUGACUCUAUUUCAUAAUUAUUAUUGCGUGCAAAAUGUCUGUAUUUUUUAAAAUUAUAACUUGGAAGUUUGCAUUUCUUUAUUUUAACUUUUUGAGACAUAUAAUUUCAUAAUUAUCGGCUUCACUCAAUAGUCAAAAGGAUUCAUCAACUAUGGGCAUAUAAUUACAUCAAUGUAAACUUAACUUCACAUCACAGAAAACUUUAAAAAAAUUGUUUUAAGCUUCUUUUUUUUUAUAACUUAUGAAUAUUAUUUGUAAGCAUUUACAUAAGUUGCACAGAAUCAUGAGAAUACUGUGACAUGUCUUUCAAAUCUUGUAUGAAACUGGUAAUAAUCAUUAUUAAUUUUGCCAGUUCAUUUUUUAAGGCUUCAUAAAACUUCAAUAAUUUUUUUUAAAGACAAUUUUGUCCAAGACAGAAAUGAACCUUCAAUUUAAUGAAGCAGCUUCUGUUUUUCUGAAUUAUGUUUAAGAAUAUUUAUAUUAUCAAAUUUGUAUAUUAUUAAUAUAUGCAUUUAUAUUAUUUAUUUUUUUAAUUACUAUCUGUUUUUUACAAAUUGGUAUAUAUCUAUUGCUACUGGAGAUUCAUCUUUUAUUUUAAUUUAACAAUUUUUUUUAUAAAUAUUAAAUAGAAUUACUUUAAUUUAAAGUUUUAAAUUUUUCUUUUGACAGUUUUUGAAUUAAAACUUAACGAUACGUCUGAUCUGUUAUCUCACUCUUAGUAUAUUUUGAUUUUGACUUAACUAAUACUCAUGGAUAGAGAUCUUAACAUAUGUUAACAUAAUUUCAUUCUAAUGUUGUACCAUUGUCUUGUUGCAAUGAGUAUUUCAGCUCUUCAUGUUUAGACACUUUUCAAGGAUGGUCAGCAAAAAUAACCUGUCACAUUUUAAGUUUUAAAUUCUUCUUUAUUCUCUUCAAACAGCCGAUUAUGUUUGCAUCUUGUUAUGUUAUAUCCUUAUAUUUUUUUUUAAGUGAACAUAUUCAUUUUUCUGUUAUACAAUUAAAUCCUAUAUAAAAUCAUAUUUUGGUAGUCUGUUUAUAAAUUGCCAAGUAUUUUCUCAUAGUGGUGACUAAUAAAAAGAUUUUUUUUUAAAUUUAUUAACCCUAUCAUUUAAUAAUCCAUACUAGAAUUGCUAAAUCCCUCUUUGCCUUAGCACUGGUGACAGUAUCUAUUCCUUAUUGCCAUAAAAUGUAUUCAUGGAAUAAUCAAAACAAGCAUUUUGGGCACAGCUCUCCACCCCCACUUAAAAUUGGGCCAGAUUUUCUUCAGCAUUCAAAACAAGCAUUUUGGGCACAGCUCUCCACCCCCACUUAAAAUUGGGCCAGAUUUUCUUC